ACUAUGAAGGCCGUUUGAUAUCUAUGUGGUUAGUUUAACCAAUCCUCCUACAGUUACAUGUUCAUCUUAACCAAUUAAUUCAAUAUAUUAGUGACCUUAACAAAAAAAUCAAUCUAUCGUCUGUUGAAUUGAGUCAGCUUGACAAAUGGAUUUGGAUGCUUUUAAUCGCUCUGAGUGGAACGAUUCUCAACAUCCUCAUACAAGGCAUCCGACAAUGACUUCUAAGGGAUGUCCAGAAAUACCAUCUCCUAAUUCAUCAUCAGGAAGCUCAAUGGAUUCAAGCACAGACAGAUGUACGGAAGAAAACAUGGGAUCUAAAAUGAGUGAGUAUCCUGGACAAUCAGAAACAAAUUUUAAUCAGAUACCGGUCAGUGCACAAGAUAGUUUCUCAGACCACAGUCUGAACAAUUCAGCUGGUCCAUUUUCAAGCCAACAAGGUUAUACAAAUCCUUCUUAUGGCAAUAAUCCAUCUGCUACAUUAUAUCUACCAGGUACAACUUCAUUCAAUAUCGAUUAUGCACGUCAAAUGCAAAGUCCUUAUAUUUCUGGGAAUCCCAAUUCACAAAAUCUCCACACAAAUUAUUGCCCAACUAUACCACCAUCAGGUGGAAGUUCAUUUGGUAGCAACCCAGUGAACACGAAUCAAGGAUCUGUAUAUCCGAUGUUUAACGAUUUCCCUACUCCGAUUUCAUCUCAAUCGAAUGAGUUUUCUGUCUCUUCCAGAGUUUAUGGGUUCGCUGAAUCAGCUCCACACGAAGAUAUAAUGAAACCAACAUUAACACCUAAAGAAAAUUUCUGUGUUGAACAUGACUGUGGGCGUUUAAUGAGUGCUCUGAAUAGAUUAAAGAUAAGAGAAAAAGAAAUCGUUGAAGUAAUGGGUCGUCGACCUGUUGUUCAACGUAUAGCAAUUCUACAAAAAUAUAAAUCUCUGUAUAAGGACAAUUUAUUCGCCAUAUUUAAUUCUAAAUUAACUGGAUGUUUAAAAGAUUGUUUGAUUGCGUUGUGCUAUACACCAGCAGAAUUUGAUGCAAUAGAACUUCAUAGAGCAAUGAGAGGAACUGAUACUGAUGAAGAUACAAUAAUUGAAAUUCUUUGUACAAGAACAAAUGAACAAAUCAGAAGAAUUAAGAAUGUUUAUCCAAAAUUAUUCGAUGGAUGUGAUUUGGUGAAUGAUGUAAACAAUCAGAUUACUUAUCAAUUCAAACGCAUAUUCAUGACUCUAUUAAAGGCGGAUAGAGAUGAAUUUACAUUUGUAGAUAGAAAUCUUGUACAAAGAGAUGUGGAAGAAUUAUUUAAUAUAAUACAACAAAACAUUAGAAUAGAUGAAUCAAAAUUCAUUCUUAUAUUGGCUUCAAGAUCUUAUGCUCACUUACGAGUUGUAUUCAAUGAAUAUAUACGAAUUUAUGAACAGACUAUGGAAGAUACUUUAAAGCUCAGAAUCCGUGGGAAUACACUCAGUGCUCUACUUUCUAUGGUUCAUUGUAUACAAAAUAAACCACGAUAUUUUGCAGAAAAAUUAUUCAAAGCCAUGCAAUGUGCUGAAACAGCUGAUAAAGCACUUAUACGUAUUAUUGUCAGUCGUUGUGAAAUUGAUUUGAAAAAUAUCAUGAAUGAGUUUCAUAAAAUAAAAGGAAAAAGUUUGCAUGAAUGCAUAGAUGAAUGCGACCCUUGCUUUGCCAAUCCUCGAGUUUACGUCUGCAUCUGAUCCUCCUUGUUCAUCGAUGAUGCUUCCCAUGUAUGUGAAGGAUUCUACAUCUUCCAGAGUUUCGCAAUCAAGAGUGAUUGGAUUGCUGUUCUCCGCUUUGAAUUUGAGGGCCUUGGUUUUCCCCUUGUUUAUGAUGAGGCCCACCGAUGCAGAGACUGCCGCUUCACUGGCUGUCUUCAUCUGCAUCUGUUCGUGUGUACGCGAUAGGGGGGCUAGUUCAUCUGCGAAGUCCAAAUCAUCUAACUGGUUCUGAGCUGUCCAUUGUAUGCCGUGUAUUCCCUCAGAUAUCGAGGUCUUCAUUAUCCAGUUGACCACAAGAAGAAAGAGGAAGGGAGAGAGUAGACAGCCUUGUCUGCCUCCAGUCCUCACUUGGAAUGCAUCUGUCAGCUGGCCUCCAUACACGACCUUGCACUGUAGUCCAUCAUAUGAGUUCCGGAUAAUGUUGACAAUCUUCUCAGGAACUGCAUAGUGUCGAAGAAGUUUCCAUAACGUCCUCCUGUCUACACUGUCAAAUGCCUUCUCAUAGUCACUGAAGUUGAUGUACAGUGACGAGUUCCAUUCAACUGAUUGUUUGACGAUGAUCCGUAGUGUUGUAAUUUGGUCUGUGCACGAUCAAUCCUUACGGAAUCCAGCUUGUUGAUCUCGAAGUUGGGCGUCUAUUGAGUCUUUCAUCCGGUUCAGCAACACUCUGGUAAAGACUUUCCCUGGUACUGACAGUAGUGUGAUGCCUCUGUAGUUUUCACAUUUGCUCAGAUCUCCUUUGUUUGGAAUAUUGAUGAGGUGUCCUUCUUUCCAGUCCAUCGGUACACGUUCCUCCUCUCAAAUCUUCCUGAAUAGGACGUGCAGCACAUUUGUAGUUACUUCUUUGUGUGACUCCAGUGCUUCAGCUAGUAUGUUUUGACUACUCCACAAAUGUUAAAGUGCUACCUUGAUUUUAUCCUAUGGUAGAAUUAGGACUCAGAUAUUCAAAGCUCUCGAAUUUGAUUAUAUUCUUUUUGAUUAUCGAUAUCCAGUAAGGGUGCUAUAAUCCUUCCGCUACAUUGUUCAUUCGCAACGACAAAGUGAAAAUUUUCUUAUUAAGGGUCAAGUUUGUUUGCAUUUUCUUUCCAUAUUCUCUCCUCAUUACAUUUGAUUUUUGUAUUGCUUUAUGCUACUUGUAAACAUUCAGUAAUCAGUUCUAUCCUUAAUACUUUAUAAGCGUACAAUGUGACUCAUGUUUGUCAUAUAAUAUCCUAAAUUAAUUACAUACACUCAUAGCAUUCACUGU